AUUGCCUGACCUUUUCCUCCUAGAAAUGGUUGAAUCAAUGAAGAAAGUGGCUGGAAUGGAUGUGGAGUUGACAGUGGAAGAAAGAAACCUGCUUUCUGUUGCAUAUAAAAACGUGAUUGGAGCCAGGAGAGCUUCCUGGAGAAUAAUCAGCAGCAUUGAACAGAAAGAAGAAAACAAAGGUGGAGAAGACAAAUUAAAAAUGAUUCGGGAAUAUCGGCAAAUGGUUGAGACUGAACUGAAGUUAAUCUGUUGCGACAUUCUGGAUGUACUGGACAAACACCUCAUUCCAGCAGCUAACACUGGCGAGUCCAAGGUUUUCUAUUACAAAAUGAAGGGGGACUACCAUAGGUAUCUGGCUGAGUUUGCCACAGGAAAUGACAGGAAGGAGGCUGCAGAGAACAGCUUGGUGGCUUACAAAGCUGCUAGUGAUAUUGCAAUGACAGAACUCCCACCAACACAUCCCAUCCGCUUAGGACUUGCGCUCAACUUCUCUGUAUUCUACUAUGAAAUUCUUAAUUCUCCUGAUCGUGCCUGCAGGUUGGCAAAAGCAGCUUUCGAUGAUGCUAUUGCAGAACUGGAUACACUGAGUGAAGAAAGCUAUAAGGACUCUACACUUAUCAUGCAGUUGUUACGUGAUAACCUGACACUAUGGACUUCAGACAUGCAGGGUGAUGAUUCCUAAAGGAAAUCCAACUGUUCAUUUCCUAAAAACUCUACUUUGUGAAGAACAGAAUAAAGAAGCGUUGCAGGAUGUGGAAGAUGAAAACCAGUGAGACACAAAGGCCAACAAGAGAACCCAUCUCUGACCACCCUCCCCCUUCCCCACAAAAACCCUCAGUGUCACUCUGAGAACCACCAAAUCUGACUUUUACAUUGGGUCUCAGAAUUUAGGUUCCUGCCCUGUUGGGUUUCUUUAUUUUUAUUUUUUUUUACACAGUUUAAAAGUUCUUAAAGGCAAGAGUGAAUUUCUGUGGAUUUUACUGGUGCCAGCUUUUAGGUUCUUUAAGACACUAACAGGACUGCAUAAAGGCUCUUUCAGCAUUACUGUAUUGUCUCUGCCAGCUGUGGUGACAUUGCCAUCAGACCUGGAUGUGACACCUGAAGGCCGUGUAGGGAGAGAUUGGUCCUGGCCAGGUAGUGCUCAUGUGGUGGCAUCUUUCUUUUUUUAUAACUGUUUAAACUGAAUUUUAUACCAAUGUUUCAACUUAAUUGGGUGUUUAGCUCAGAGUUGUGAGGUUGCAUUUGGGACAUUUAUUGUAGUGGUUUUACUGUAUAAAAACAAAAAAAAGUUUCCAAACUGCUGAAAUGUUGCUGAAAAUCAUGGUGCUGGUAACAGUUCAACAAUCCGUGGCUGCUCAUUCUUGCCUGUUCUUUACUUUCCCUCCAAGCAGGUUAGCAUUGAAGGUGGCAUUGAUAAGCCUGCAUGCGUGUUCAAUAUUUUUUCUUUUCUCCCUCCCCUCUCCCCA